AUGACGCCAGAGUCGGUCCUACCGUUAGGACGGUUCCGAUGCGUAGCGCGGAGACCUGCUUCCUCAGAGGUCGUCUUCUCCUUUGACGUGGGAAACGGGCCGCUGGAAGUGCGAGUGAAGGCGAGCGUGCCGUUGAACGACAACCGGUGGCACAGCGUGCGAGCAGAGCGAAAUGUGAAGGAAGCAUCAUUACGUUUGGACGGGUUUCCUGCCACCACACAGGAAGCUCCAGCUGACGGACAAAUUCAUUUGCAGCUCAACAGCCAGCUAUUCAUAGGAGGCACUGCGUCCAGACAGAAAGGCUUUCUGGGCUGCAUCCGCUCUCUGCAGCUGAACGGCGUCACUCUGGAUCUGGAGGAGAGGGCAAAGAUCACCCCGGGGGUCCGACCUGGAUGCCCGGGCCACUGCAGCAGCUAUGGCUCUCUCUGCCAGAACCAGGGUCGCUGUGAGGAGAGAGACAGCGGUUUCUCUUGCAACUGUAACCAGUCGGCGUACACUGGACCCUUCUGUCAUAAAGAGGUAUCGGCCAGCUUUCAGUCGUCAACAUCCAUCACGUACAACCUGAAGGAGCCCCCUGAGCUGAAUAGGAACAGCAGUGCCUGGCCUUCCUCCAUCUACUCUGAUGUGACGCUGAGAGGAGAAAACAUCUCCCUGAUCUUCAGGACAGUUCAGAGUCCUGCUCUUCUGCUCUACGUCAACUCUGUCUAUAAAGAGUACCUGGCACUGCUCAUCAACAAUCAUGAUGAGUUAGAAGUGUGGUACAAGUUACACAGCGGCCGAGACGUGGAGGUGCUGAGGAGCAGAGUCACGGACCUGGCCGAUGGACGUCUGCACACGGUGAUCAUCAGGAGACAGGCAGACAUCGUCUCUGUGAAGGUCGAUCAGAAUACCAGAGAGGAUUUCAACUUGACAUCUGAUGUGGAAUUCAACAGCGUCAAAUCACUCAUUCUUGGCAAAGUGCAAGAGUCUGGUGAGAUGGAUGAAGAGCUGGCCGGCUUGGCCUCUCUCGGGUUCAGCGGCUGUCUGUCAGGUGUUUUCUUUAACUCCAUCAGUCCUCUGAAAGCCGCCCUGAUGCACCCUGACAGCCCUGUUGUUGUCAGCGGCCCACUUGCCCAGUCCAGCUGCGCCUCCUCCUCUCCAGCCAAUCCUUACGCGGCAGAAACCACACAUUCCUUAUCAGACCAGCCAAAUUCAGUGGAUCCAGGUCAGCAUUUAGUCAAUGCCAUCAGGAGUGACUCAGCUCUAAUCGGAGGGGUGAUCGGCAUGAUGAUUUUCGUCUGCGUGGUCGCAUUGGCGAUAAUAGCCAGAAUUAUCUGCAGCAGGAAGGAGACGUAUAGAAACCAAGAAGUGAAAGCAGCGCAGCCGGAAGAGGGCCAGGAGCUGCCCUUCAGCAGCCAGGUGGACUCUCAGAGCGCUCCCACUGAAAACCAAAAGGAGUAUUUUAUUUAGCAGGACCCCCAGCAUCACACUGAGCUGUCAGGACAGAGCGGGACCAUUCACCAACAGCUCAGAGCUUUAUCAGACAUUCAGCCCGGAGCUACUGGUGGACCCAUCAGAUGUGAAGUCAAGAAACAUUUUAUGAUUUUCUUACAGUAAGUUCUUAUCUGCUGUCAUUCUGAGUGUAAAUAUUUAUAAAUGUAAAUGGUCAUUUGUGUGCUUAUAACAAUGUUGUUUGCCAUAUUGUAAAAAAGCGUUAUUAAAAA